GUCGGGGCGGGCGCGGCCGUCGGUGGCGGCGGCAGCGGCAGGGGCAGGAUGACGGCGAACGGGACGGCGGAGCCGGUGCAGAUCCAGUUCGGGCUCAUCAACUGCAGCAACAAGUACCUGACGGCGGAAGCGUUCGGCUUCAAGGUGAACGCCUCGGCCGCCAGCAUGAAGAAGAAGCAGAUCUGGACGCUGGAGCAGGACGGGGAGGACUCCAGCGCCGUGCUGCUCAAGAGCCACCUCGGCCGGUACCUGGCGGCCGAUAAGGACGGGCGGGUGAGCUGCGACAGCGAGGAGCCGGGCCCCGACUGCCGCUUCUUGGUGCUGGCUCACGGCGACGGGCGCUGGUCGCUGCAGUCCGAGCCCCACCGCCGCUUCUUCGGCGGCACCGAGGACCGGCUCUCCUGCUUCGCUCCCUCAGUCUCUGCUACCGAGAAGUGGAGCGUCCACUUGGCCAUGCACCCCCAGGCCAACCUCUACAGCCUGGCCCGCAAGCGCUACGCUCACCUGGGGCCCCGGCGCGACGAGCUGGCCGUGGACCGCGAUGUGCCGUGGGGAGUGGAUGCCCUCAUCACGCUGCUGUUCGUGGAGCAGCGCUACAGCCUUCAGAGCUGCGACCACCGCCUCCUGCGCUCCGACGGCCGCCUCGUCCCCGCCGCCGAGCCCGGCACUGCCUUCACCCUGGAGUUCCGCUGCGGCAAGGUGGCCUUUCGCGACGGGGAGGGCCGUUACUUGGCCCCGUCGGGACCCAGCGGCACCCUCAAGGCCGGCAAAAGCGCUAAGGUCGGCAAGGACGAGCUCUUCGCCCUCGAGCAGAGCUGCCCGCAGGUCGUGCUCCGGGCAGGCAACGACAGGAACGUCUCCACCCGGCAAGGCAUGGACCUCUCUGCCAACCAGGAUGAGGAGGGAGACCAGGAGACCUACCAGCUGGAGAUCAACAAGGACACCAAGAAAUGCGCCUUCAGGACCUACACUGGGAAGUACUGGACCCUCACCUCCAAUGGGGGCAUCCAGUCCACUGCAUCCACAAAGAACGCGAGCUGCUACUUUGACAUCGAGUGGUGCGACAAGCGCAUCACCCUCAAAGCUGCCAAUGGGAAGUAUGUGACAGCAAAGAAGAACGGGCAGCUGGCAGCCUCCAUGGAGACAGCAGGCGAGACGGAGCACUUUGUGAUGAAGCUGAUCAACCGGCCCAUCAUCGUCCUCCGCGGCGAGCACGGCUUCAUCGGCUGCCGCAAGGUCACCGGCACCCUGGACUCCAACCGCUCCUCCUAUGAUGUCUUCCAGCUCGAGUUCAACGACGGAGCCUACAACAUCAAGGAUGCCACUGGCAAGUACUGGAUGGUGGGGAGCGAGUCGUCCGUCACCAGCAGCAGCGACAGCCCCGUGGACUUCUAUUUUGAGUUCUGCGACUAUAACAAAGUGGCCAUCAAAAUCAAUGGCAAAUACCUGAAGGGAGACCAUGCCGGGGUCCUCAAGGCAUCCGCUGACACCAUCGACGCCUCCACCCUCUGGGAAUACUAAUGCACUUUAGCUUACCUCCCAUUGCCAACUCUGAUUCUUCCCCUUCCUCCGUCCUUGGUUUCCUUUUGGGUUUCGUUUUCCUCCUCUCUGUACAAGGAUUUUCCGGCUGGUUUGUGCUCCCCUCCUGCUGCAGAGCUGGUGCCUUGGGUGGGAGGUUGGGCUCUGGGAAGGAAGAACUGGAAUAGUGCUGGGGCAGCCAAUAGGUUUGUAUUGACCCCUUCCCUCUGGGUUUGCUGGGCUUGGAAACUGCCCUCCCCCUGCUCCCGGCCCCAAGCAUCACCUUAGGUAGUUUGUUUUCCUCUCCUCAGCUGAAGAAAGGGAAUAAGAUCACCUCUGUGCUUGCUUCUGCCAUAUCAGCACUGCACCGCCUCAGGCUGUGCUGUCCGUGUCCCCUGGAGCUCCCAUCCCAUCCCACCCCAUUCCAGCCAGGGGCAGAGCCACGGUGCUGGGCUCAGCCAGCUCCCCCCCAGCAGCUUCUCUUUGCUCCUGGCUCAUCAGGGUAGGAUUCAUCUGCAGCUGAGCCAUAAGAGGUGACCUUACAUAUGACAGCAUCCCCAGGGCUGGCAUGGGAUGGCAUGUAUCCCUGUAGAGGGGCCAGCAAGCCGAUUCCCUUCUUCCCCACACACCUGGAAAUGAGUUUUGAGGGUGAUCCCAUCUGGGAAACCUCAGCUUUUCAUCUCAUGAAGCCCCACACUCCUUGUGUCCUUGUGCUGGGGAGGGGAUGCUGUAGCAGGGAUGCAGAGCAAGCCUGUGCUGGGUAGGGAGCUUCAUCCAGCCCAUGGUGGGCUUUGGUCCCUGGCUGAUGGAACCUCCCCUGGGUGAUGGCUGGAAGCAUAAACUGCAGCUUUUGGUUUACAGAAUAGAGAAGUUCCUUAGCAAACUUUGCACAGUGAUAUUUGCUCAGUACCUUGUUUCUUUCCUCUCUUGUCAAAUACUGGAACAGUGAAGGGAAUCACUGCACACCUAAUGCUGAAUUGGGAAGCGCCCGUUCCUGUGGGCUCCCCCAGGGAGGGCAGCUCCUGGUCCUGGGCUCUUGUGCCAUCACAGCUCAACUGGAAAAGAAAAGAGAAAGACCAAAACAGUAUUUUUGUUAGUCUCUAUUUAUAUAUGCUCUCCAUGGCACUGUGUUACCAGCUGUUCUCUGUACUAGGUCUGCAUUAGAGUAUAACGCUGUUUGUAACGGGUGAUGCUGACGUGUUCGUUAGGGUGUUGAAAGGCACUUUAUCCUUUGGGGCCUUCCCGGGGCCGGUAUUUGCUCCCUGCAAACACACCAAGGAGCCUUUUCCCCCCUGCCCCACACCAAGGGUGCUCACAGCAUCACUGCCGUGCCAAAACCACCGGUCCCUAGCGCCGGAGGCAAGGCAGGGGCUCCUCAGCCUUAAAGCCAUGUGGAGGGGGGAAACCCUUCCCUAGGAGCUUGGUGCUAUCCCCAGCUGGGAGAGCGAGCAGCCUGUCCCCUGCCAUGGGGACAACCCCAGGCCGGGGUCUCUCACCCUGCAGGGGAUCCCAUUGGGAUGCUACCUCGGCUCUGCGCUCGCAUCCAGGGGCUGCCUGUGCCCACCCGGGCCCCGCUCUGCCCCUCGAAGGACCGAGUGUCUUGAUGAAGCCCUGAGUGACCCUGUGACUUGGCACACACUUUCUGCUGGCCUCCCCCAUCCCUUUGCCCUGUGUCACCUCCUCCCUGUCCCCCUGUUGCAGUUGGAACCGUGUAAACCCUGCUUGGGCAUCUUCCGUGUGACACUAGGUCAAGCAUCUCUCCUGUCUCCUCGUAGCGGGUGUCGUGACUCUGACAAACAUCUCACUCUGAAAAGUUAAGGUUUGGGUUUGGGUUUUAUUUUGGGGUUUUUUUUGUUUUGUUUUUUCUUAAUUAUUAUUUUUUUGUAAGUGCCAUUUGUAUAACUUAAAAAGAAAAAAAAGCUUCAAAUGGAGAAAGAUGAGUAAAAAUAAAACCUGCAUUCGGAUA